AUGAAAUCUCCACCGAAGAAACUAAACCUUUCAGGUCCUCACAUAACUAUGACUCAGCGACCCAGACAUAGCACCUCAUCUUUGGAAUCAUUCACAAGACCAGAAUUUCUGGAUGUGAUACAAUCGAUACCCGUUUCACCUAAUACGUCAACCCAGACUCCAGGUAAUUACCAGCCGCAUGAUGCAACACAACAAUUUACAAUUGACUUGAAUGACCUCGAGUCAACUACAAGUCUACCACGACUUAAUAACAAGCUGGACACGACAGUGAAAGAUGAACAAUUUCUAGCUGAGAGUAAUGAAACCAACGGAUGGAUUAAUGGAUAUUCAGUGCCAUACAGUUUGCUUCGAUACGGUUUAGCCAGUGAAAAAUCGACAAAGAUCGAAUUGGAAAAUGAUCAUGGCGACGUACAAUACAUAUUCAACCCAAUUUGCCAUUUGAAUGAGAUUGAACACUCAGCAUAUGGAAGAAAAGAUUCAAGCGCAUCGACUUCCCAUACGUCGGACGAAGAAACCGAACACCAUAAGGAGAAACGAGAAAAGUUUAUCCUGAGUCAAGAUGAAAAAAUCAAUGCUUACUCUGGUUACAUCACCAUUCCCAAAAUCUCGUACAAUAUUCCCAGCCCAUUAAGACUUGACAAAAAGCAACUCCGAUUAAUGUCAGAUGUACCGAGACUUUGUUACCAAAAUUCAUUUGUUGUUGGUGAUCUGACUUAUGUAUUUGGUGGAUUAACUAGCACAAAAUCAUCGAACUUCCAUCAUGUUGGUCUCCCCCUGGACGUAGACAUCAACAAAGUUUCUGUUCAUUUCCCAUACAAAGUGCCGCCAUUCGUUGACUCCAAAAUGUUGACAACACCCUUCUUGCAUCCAAACCCUCAUUUUAUUGCUUAUAAUGCCAUUAGAGGAACUGUUACUUUUGUCAAUACAACAAAUCUUAAACACUUUCCUGGUCAUUUGCUUUCCAUGCAAUCAACUCAAAUCACCAGCAAGCAUUACUUUUUCUAUGGAGGAUUUCAAAUCCAGAAUUUGUCUGUCAAAUAUCAUCCCGAAAUUGGUCGGUGGAUUAUAAAUAAGAAAAUCGUCAUGAAUGAAGAUGCAUACGUUCUCGAUUCGACAAAUUUGAAGUUUAUUAAAAUUCGACUUGAGUCAAACAAGGCAAGCACCACUCUCGGUAGAAUAGGAAUGGGGAUAUGCUCUAAUAUUUAUCAACCCCCUAGUGAUCAUGGAGAAAAAAUUAGUGUUGGGGGUGAGUUUAGUAGACCUUUUGAGAACCAAAGACAGUCACUGCCACCAGCUUUUUCUGAUGCGUCUCAUAAGUCAAGUCCCAGUGAUCAAUCAGCAAGUGCUUCAGUAACAAGAAGCAACACGCGAAAGGCAACCUUUGAUAAAAACCAUCAAGAUUCGAAACGUGAUGAAGAUGAUUGUGACCGAGAUCAACAUCAUCGACAACUGCCGCAACGAGAAACCAAAUUUGAUGAAUCACAAAUGUUACGGUCGAAACAACCACCAAGUCUACAACGAAUAGUCACUACUCAUUCCAUCGACUCGUCUUUGAGUGAUGCUGUCACUCGGACUUCAUCAGCAUCAACUUCUUCUCCGAGUUCAUCAAAGAUGGAUAAAAUAAAGAGUAAAUUCCACCGAACCAAUUUAAAAAACACAUAUUCUCAAAAAGUUCGCGAACACCGGUCAAACUCAACAAACAAUCGGUCUGGUGCAAGUAGUAGGGCAGUAUCUCCAGUGUUGAAUGCGACUGGAACUUCGUCACAUUUGAAUCCUGCAUCUGCUCCAUCUGCAACUUCAAUGGCUGGCUCAACGUCUUUAGAUUCAGCCACUGGUGGUGAACUACCAUCUAAUUCGACAACUAUAACUUCAUUGAACCCAUUGAACACCACAACAUCUUCCAUUGUAUCACCACCAACUACGUUAACUCCUCAUCCGUCAAUUGUAUCUCCAACGGUUUCAAAUCGACCAAUAACUCCAAUCCUUCAACUUCAAAAUAAACAUGGAAGACGAAGUAGCGAUACCGGUUCUAAAAGUGGGCAUUCUACUCCGCCUGAUGAUGGUAGACAAUCACCAAAGAGAAAUGAAAGAGAAGUGUUGGAAUUUGUUCGAUCGUACUCACUGGAACAGGCAGCUAAGUCUCGCUCUGGGCGCCGACAUCGUGGUGGUAGUAGUGGUGGUGCGAAUGAUGAAGGGGCUAUUGUCGAAGAUGACGAUGAGGUGGAUGGAUGCAGUGGUAAUGAAUCAACUGAUGAUGAUGAAUGUUUUGAAACUAGGACACGAUCGUCGAAUCCUUUAUUCAAUGAUAGCAACAUAUUAUCCAAUGUGAAUGUAUUUGUCUUUGGUGGAUUCUAUCUUGAUGAGAAGACUGAUGAUAACGGAAUUCAACAUUUCAAAGCUAGCAAUGACUUGUUGAAGAUUGAUUUGACGGCAAAAGAAGAACCAUUAUCAAUUUCAAAUUUUACGUUCUUGCCCGAUGCGUUAGUGUCAAAAGUGGGCAGUAAUCCUGUCACUUGUGAUAUUUUACUUGACGAGGAUGAGAGUUGGCCUAGUCCAAGAGGGUACUUUGCCUCUUAUAUGAUUGAUUAUCUGAGAGGUUUGGACGAAGGGUGUGCUUUGGAUGUGGGUAAACAUGACCCGAUGACGUUUACCCAAGUGCAAGCAGAAAUGAUUAGGAGAAGUGGAUCACCUGAUAUAAGUAUUGGCGGCAGUUCAGGGUCAUUCCAUAUUGGCAGUAGUGGUGCCGGCGGUGUCGGUGCUGCUGGCGCUGGAAGUGGUGGCAUUCCAAGUGGACCCGGAACUGGCACUGCACCCAGUCUUGCUGCAAGCAGCUAUGAGGAACCUUCCGAAGUGCAAGCAUAUUUCAACAAACGAUCAUUUAUCGUACAAGGUGGAUGUGCCGAGGGGAAUCAGUUCUUUGCUGAUUUUUAUCGAUUUGUGUUCGAUACGUGCAGGUGGGAGAAGUUUACUACUUAUGCAUAUGAUUAUUUCAAUAUUCCCCUUGAGCCUGGUGCUGAUGAUGAUGGGUCAUUAUACACUAAGGAAAACAUGGUGGCCAGUCCUGAAUUGAAAGAAGCUGAAUUACGUUGUUGUCACCAUACUUGUGUGUAUUACCAAAACGAAGAGCGUGACUACUUGUUCUUCCUAGGCGGCGUGAAGUCAGACCAUUUACGUUUCUUUGAUGAAAUUCCAUAUAAAUCAGAUAAGUUUGAUGUAUCAAGAUUGAGUCGAUUGCCGUUAAUGACGAAUAAUACAAACACAAUGAGAAUAGCCGUAUUGAAUAUUCAGACGCAAACGUGGCGAUUUAUGCGAUACUAUUACGACAUAAAUCAUGCCAUUAGUGACUCUUAUGUUGACAGAAUAAUGGAGCACCCGGAAUUGGUUAAUGCAAGAAUAUCACACUUGGCUGGGUCUACAACAAUGAUGGGUAAGACAUUGACGUUGGCUCAAGGGUUGGUGAUUAUUGCCCCGGAAAAGAAGGACGAUUUGAUCAAGUUGAGACAAAAGAUACCUACCGAUGAGAUGUUGUGGGGUGGAAUUAUCCAAUUGACUUUUGCGGGGCUCUAA